AACACCAUCGUGAGAAUAUGAUUAUUUAGUGUAUCCAGCAAUCAUGGACAUUAUUCUUUAACUAACGUUCCGUUAUCCUUUUUUUUGUAUAGCCGACCUUUAUUUAGUAAUAUCCUGUUUCUACACGGAACAUUAACAAUGUAACACCCCGUCAACUUACGAUCUGUUUACUUUCAGCAGCUCGUGAUAUUUUAGCGCAAAUCAAGUGAAAUGGAGCUGCAGGAAAGAAUACCUGUUCGGAUAUUUACAGAAGUAGAUAAGGACGUGUUUCUGCGAGACAUCUACCCGCAGCGCAAACCGGCUGUCCUGAGAGGCUCGUGUCUGGGACCAUGUCUGCAGAAGUGGACGGUGGAGUAUCUGAGAGACAGAGGGGGGGACAAGGAGGUUAAGAUCCACGUCUCCGCUCAGCCACAGAUGGACUUCCUCCACAAAAACUUUGCAUACAAGACUCUGCCAUUCAAAGAGUUUGUGAAAAGGGCAUCUGAAAGGAAGCACUCUGACUUCUUCUUGUGUGAGGAUGAGAGCUAUUAUCUUCGAUCCCUGGGAGAGGACGUUCGAAAGGAGCCGGCCGAUCUGAGUAAACAGUUCCCGGACUUGGCGGAAGAUUUUCACAUCCCACAGUAUUUUGAACCCCAUCAGUUCUUCUCCAGUGUCUUCCGUAUCAGCUCCUGUGGUCUGCAGCUGUGGACGCACUACGACGUGAUGGACAACCUGCUGGCUCAGGUGACUGGGAGGAAGAGAGUGGCGCUCUACAGCCCCCAAGAUGCACUGCACCUCUACUUGUCAGGGUCUAAAUCCGAGGUACUGGACAUCGAAUGCCCAGACCUGAAUCAGUUUCCUGAGUUUGUGAAAGCAAAAAGAUACGAGUGUGUGCUGGAGCCCGGGGAUCUGCUCUUCAUCCCUGCCCUGUGGUUCCACAACACGCUGGCUCUGCAGUUCGGAGUGGGCGUCAACGUGUUCUGGCGCCACCUGCCAGCCAACAGCUACGAUCAAAAGGACCCGUACGGUAACAAGGACCCCGUCGCCGCGACUCGAGCCCUUCAGGCGCUGGAGAAGGCGCUGUGCGCUCUGGACCAGCUGCCAGAAGAUUAUCGUGACUUUUACGGCCGCCGGAUGGUCCAACGCGUCCAAAAGCGGACGUACUGCGAUGACCCGUCCAGCACAAUUACGCAGGACACGUUACUCAGAUGAGGGUAGAGAGAAAUAAACCAGUAAAACAUC